AUGCCGCUGAUGUUGAUACAGUGCAGGGAGUCUGAGGUCCGGGAGAGCCGGAUCACCUCCACCCCCAGCGGAACCAAAGACCCCAAGACCUCCCUGAACCACGCCCUGACCUCCUCAAACCCGGACCAGCCGGGACCUAACGGCGCUAACGGAGCUAGCGGCGCCACCGCAGCUCCCACCAGCGGGGGGCGCUCCACGGACGAGAUGCGGAAACUGUUCAUCGACCGAGCCAAGAAGAUCGACACCGUGUCCCGGGCCGGAUUCCCUCUGGCCUUUCUCUUCUUCAACAUCUUCUACUGGGUCCUCUACAAGAUCCUGCGGCACGAGGACUUCAACCCGCAGCAGUAG